AUGCAGGUGAAGACCAUGAAUUUACUGUGUCACUCGCGGAAAGUGCUGUCCUCCGUGUUGAGAAGUAGUGUUUUACUAAAGCCAGCAGAGGCUUUUGGAAGCAUUUGUUCAUUCUCCAAAGCUCGGUGCAUUAGCCUGUCUGUGCCUCAACAUUUUACAGCAAAUCUGACCUCAUGUCAACACUCGCAUCACACAGCGUCCUUCACCGGGCACUUUGACAUAAAAAGAUGUUAUUCGGAAAGCGAAGAGAGCCGAAAUUCAGAGAGUAAUGGCGUGAUUGAAGAUGAUUCACAUGAACUGGACGAUAAUAGCAGCGAAAACAGCUCCUUAAGUCGCAGAUCCUUGGAGACUUUCAGUCUUGAUGUGCUGGUGUCUCUUCUGCGUCAGGAAAAUGCAGUAGACCUCUGUGUGAUUAAAGUACCAGAGCAAAUCAAAUACGCUGAGUACUUCAUUGUCGUCAGCGGUGUGUCACCAAGGCACUUGCGCGCAAUGGCACUUUAUGCCAUUAAAGUGUACAAGUUUCUGAAGAAAGAUGAAGAUCCAAAUGUCAAGAUUGAAGGGAAAGAUGCAGAAGAUUGGAUGUGUAUUGACUUUGGUAAUAUGGUUGUUCAUUUCAUGCUGCCAGAGACUAGAGAAGUGUAUGAACUCGAAAAACUUUGGACUCUCCGCAGCUACGAUGAGCAGCUGAAGAGUAUCCCAACUGAAACACUCCCAGAGGAUUUCAUAUUUGAUGUUGAAGUUACAAAGUGAAAACAUCUAAGGCUAAAUAAUAAGAUGUGCCCAGACUGAACUACUUUGAGUUUUGGAUACAUUCUUUACAGUCAAAACCAAAUCUGUUGGAUUUCCAAAAGUACUUUAAGUGACAGAAAUGCUGAAGCCCAACUUACCAGUAUAUACUGAUCUCAGAUAUAUUAACUGUACUAUCUACAUUAUAUCUCAUCUAAUGAGCAUAAUAUCCCAUGGCAAGACAUCCAUCUGUCUGCAGUUCACAAGAAUUGUUACUCCAUCUACUACUGGGCAGGUUUUAAUAAAACUUGCACACAAUGAAAAUAUACUCCAAAUUGUUCUCAAGGUUGCAUUUUGCCAGAUGAGCUACUAUCUGAAGUCUUUAAUGGAACAUAAAGAAAAAAAACAACAUGCUUUUGGCUAUUUAGAAAUUGUGGCAUCACAUAACUUGUCCAACGAAGUAUGCACCGACUCCAGUGUUUACAACACUCUCAGCAAAGCUGUGCAAGCAGUGGUUCACUUAAGAAGGGUCUUCAUUCUGAAAAAUUCUGCAGAGAAAAUGGAUGAGUAGUAGUUUUUAAUUCUUUCUAUUGCAUUUGAAUGCAUGUGUAGUUGGUAAUACUAUGUGAAGAAUAGAAAGUACGAUGCUGUAACAUCAAAUAUGCAGAAACAACAAAUUGUGUAGACUUAUGCACGGUGCCUUACACUUUGUUAUGACAUACACACCACUCGGACAUAGGCUCUUGCAAAUUUGCAGAUAUAGAAAGCAUGUUACUGAGCCAUCACAUCAUUUUUCUGCAGGGGUCAUCCCAGCAUUUACAAUGAUAGUGAUUUAUCUGUGAUAGGCUAAUGUAUACUUGUAUACUGGUCAGCCUUCAGUAUUUUUCUUUAGAUAAAUAAUCCAGAAACCCAACAUCUUUUGUGUUUAAAAUUGACAACCUCUAAUGAUUCUGUUAAUUUUUCGUACUGUUUGACAUCACUGGUACGGUGAUAUGGUGUUUGUAAAAUGCUAAAAUGACUCAUGAGUUUGCAGAUAAAAUGUAUGUUUUAUCCUGUUUAGAUUGUUGAAGUAAAUUAUUUUUUCUUA